UAAUCAAAGGGUCGGUCUGUGCAGUCGGUAGUCUGAUAGGGUUUAAGGACCCUGAUAUUAUAGUUCCACUUUGUUGCCUGUUAUAGAGCGAGAGCGCCACAAACACUGACCACUUUUAGCCCAUAAGAGUUUAGAACCCCUGCUUCAACGGCUAUCGUUUAGUAGCGUGCACACAGUGUAUGUUUUCGAAUGCAGCGUUAGUGAUCAUCUGGAUAUCUGUUGUUAAAAGAAAUUCAAAAGAAAUUUUUAUUAUACAAUGGCUACAUCAAAAACCACAAAUACGUAUAAUAGACAAAAUUGGGAAGAUGCGGAAUUUCCGAUACUUUGUCAAACAUGCUUAGGUGAUAAUCCAUAUAUUCGCAUGACAAAGGAGCGAUAUGGCAAGGAGUGCAAGAUAUGUAUGCGACCAUUCACUGUGUUUAGAUGGUGUCCAGGAGCAAGAAUGCGAUUUAAGAAGACCGAAGUCUGCCAGACCUGCAGUCGACUGAAGAACGUCUGUCAAACUUGCUUGCUAGAUUUGGAGUACGGCCUUCCUAUUCAGGUGCGCGACGCCGCGCUGAAAAUUAAAGACGAUCUGCCACGAUCCGAUGUGAACAAAGAAUACUAUGUGCAAAAUAUAGACAAUGAGAUCGGGAAAAUUGAUCCCACCACGCCAGCCGGCGCCGUCGGCAAAUCCGCCGCGGCUAGCGAUCUGCUGAUGAAACUGGCUAGGACCAGUCCGUACUACAAGAGGAACAGGCCACACAUAUGUUCCUUCUGGGUGAAAGGUGAAUGCAAAAGAGGCGAGGAGUGUCCUUAUCGUCACGAGAAACCGACAGAUCCCGACGAUCCGCUAGCCGAUCAAAACAUAAAGGAUCGUUACUAUGGCGUGAACGAUCCGGUGGCGGACAAGCUGAUGCGACGGGCCGCGGCCAUGCCCAAGCUUGAUCCGCCUGAAGACAAAUCUAUCACGACUCUGUACAUCGGCAACCUGGGGGACGUGCUGACGGAGAAGCAACUGCGCGAUCACUUCUAUCAGUACGGCGAGAUCCGUUCGGUGACGAUGGUGCCGCGCCAACAGUGUGCCUUUAUCCAAUACACGCAGAGGACUGCGGCCGAGGCAGCUGCCGAAAGGACGUUCAACAAACUGAUACUAGGUGGCAGACGGCUUACCAUCAAAUGGGGUCGUUCCCAAGGCAGACAGACCGUGUCCGCCACGGAAGCGACGAGGGAGAUCUUGGAGCCCGUGCCAGGUUUACCAGGAGCGCUACCACCGCCGCCCGAGGGCGUAGCCAACAAUUUUUUCAACCUGCAGACCACCACCGGCAUGAUGCCGCCGCCGAUGAUGAUCCCGCCGCCACCCGUCGCUCCGCAGUUCAUGUUCUCGCCGCAAAUGGCGGCCGCAGCCGCUGCCGCCGCUACGCCGAUCUUCCCUCCAGGAACAACUCCUAUACACUAUCCCAGCCAGGAUCCAUCCAGGAUGGGCGCGUCGCAAGGCAUCGGCAAGCCCUGGCCGGAGGAAUAGUAGUGACUCUAGCUCAAGUUCUCACUGCUGUAACUGUAAUGGAAAUUUGUGCAAUAGAAAUAUAUACGAUAUGCUUUGAUAUCUUUA